AUGGAGAGCUGCCCCGAGAGCCUGCAGCCGCUAGAACACGGGGCGGUGGCCGGGCCAGCGCCGGGGACGGGUUCUCCGCUGGAAGCUCGACCAGAAGCCGGGCUCGCCGCUGGGGAUGGUCCUGGGGUAUGGGCGGCGGAGAGCAGCGCCGGGAAUGGGCAGGGGGCGGCGGCCGCCGGGAGGAGCCUCCCGGACUCGGCUUCUCCCGUGGGUUCUCUUCAGGUUCCCGGACCCCACGACUCCUUCCCGAGCUCGGAGUUGCAGGAGGGCGAUUUGGAGAGUUCUGCGGUCGCGAAGACGCCUCUGAGAGGGCAGAGCAAGGUGACUGCCUCCACGGAGACAGCCGAUGCCGGAGCGGGCCGUGGGUUGGGUCCGGCUGGGGACGCGGGAGCCCCUCCGGAUCCCGCCGGCCCCUGCCCCUCAGCGUUAGCGGCCGCCGGCUCCGAGGAGCCCAGCAGCGCCGGAGGUCUCAGCAGCAGUUGCAGCGACCCCAGCCCUCCUGGGGAAUCUCCUAGCCUGGACUCCCUAGAGUCGUUCUCUAACCUGCAUUCUUUCCCCAGUAGCUCCGAGUUCAAUAGUGAGGAGGGAGUGGAGAACAGGGUCCCCGAGGAAGAGGAGGGCGAGGUAGUGUUGCCUGGGGCUGUCCCUCUGUGCAAGGAGGAGAAGGAGGACGAGGAGGAGGCCGCCCAGGUGCUGGCGGCUUCCAAGGAACGCUUUCCGGGACAGUCUGUCUAUCACAUCAAGUGGAUCCAGUGGAAAGAAGAGAACACACCCAUCAUCACCCAGAAUGAGAAUGGACCCUGCCCUUUGCUGGCCAUCCUCAAUGUUUUGCUUCUAGCAUGGAAGGUGAAACUUCCACCGAUGAUGGAAAUCAUAACCGCUGAACAGCUGAUGGAAUAUUUAGGAGAUUACAUGCUUGAUGCAAAGCCAAAAGAAAUUUCAGAAAUUCAACGUUUAAACUAUGAGCAGAAUAUGAGUGAUGCUAUGGCAAUUUUGCACAAACUACAGACAGGCCUGGAUGUAAAUGUAAAAUUCACUGGCGUCCGUGUGUUUGAAUAUACACCAGAAUGCAUAGUAUUUGAUCUUCUUGAUAUUCCUUUGUAUCAUGGGUGGCUAGUGGACCCUCAGAUUGAUGACAUUGUAAAAGCUGUUGGUAACUGCAGCUAUAACCAACUGGUGGAAAAGAUCAUCUCUUGUAAGCAGUCAGACAAUAGUGAGCUGGUUAGUGAAGGCUUUGUAGCUGAGCAGUUUCUAAAUAACACAGCCACUCAACUGACAUACCACGGAUUAUGUGAACUAACUUCAACGGUUCAGGAAGGAGAACUUUGUGUGUUCUUUCGGAAUAAUCAUUUUAGCACCAUGACCAAAUACAAGGGCCAGCUGUAUUUGUUGGUAACAGACCAGGGAUUUCUUACUGAAGAAAAAGUUGUUUGGGAAAGUCUACACAAUGUAGAUGGUGAUGGAAAUUUCUGUGACUCAGGAUUUCAUCUGAGGCCUCCAUCAGAUCCAGAAACUGUAUAUAGAGGACAACAGGAUCAGAUAGAUCAGGACUAUCUUAUGGCAUUAUCUCUACAACAAGAACAGCAGAGCCAAGAUAUCAACUGGGAACAAAUCCCAGAAGGAAUCAGUGAUUUGGAACUAGCGAAGAAACUCCAAGAGGAAGAGGAUAGAAGGGCUUCUCAAUAUUACCAGGAACAGGAACAAGCAGCAGCUGCUACUGCUUCUGCUUCUACACAAACUCAGCAGAGCCAGCCAGCACAAGCCUCUCCAUCAAGCGGAAGACAAUCUGGGAAUAGUGAACAACGUAAACGAAAGGAACCUCGAGAAAAAGAUAAAGAAAAAGAAAAGGAAAAAAAUAGCUGUGUCAUUUUGUAAUAAGUUCUAGAUUCUUUUGGAACCACCUAUAUGUCCUGAGAAACAAAACCACAGGAGGAAAGGAAGAAAAACCGAUAAAUACCGUCUGUGCCUGAUUUCCCAAUGGAUUUUUUGUUCAUGUUUUUCAGGGGAAAGGUUGUUACUUAGUCACAAUCAGACCUUUUCAGGUCACACAGUAUACUCUUCAGAGCUGGAAUUUCAUGUUACAAGUUGGAAAUGCUGUGUGUUGUCAUUCUUGAAAAAUACUGCACUUGUAGCCAAAUAAGCAAAUCACAGCAAAUUUUGUGUCCUAGUGACAUUCAUAACUCAUUAUCAGUUAGUAAGCUAUUUUAUCUUCUGUUCUAACAGUAAAUGGAGGUAAUUGAUUUUGUCUCAUUCCUUCCUGAAAUCUAAAUAUUAGCACAGUAGUUUCUGAAAUUAAUUUUUAUAGUGUUAAAUUAUGAUCGAAUCCAUAAGAAACCGGGGAUUUAAUAUAGGGAUUUAAAAAACAGAAAAAAUAAAAAAUAAUGGAAUAAAUAACCCUUCCUUGUAUACUGGACUAGUUCAGCCCUUAAACAGCUUUACCUUUCUUUAGGAAUGUAUAUUUUAGAUAUUAUCUUAAGAAUUGAUAAUGGAGCUUGGGUUUAAUUUAGAUAGAAAAAUUAAAAUUUGUAUUUCUUUUCCAAUAGAAAAAAUUACAUGACACUAAUAUCUUAUUAAAAUCAGAUAUUAAUGACUUUGUAGUGUUGUGAAACUUUGAAAUCUUUAACAUAGGUAAACCCAGACCACAGUUAGUUUUUAUUGACAGUGUGGUGAGUGAGUGUAAGGAGGAAACCAAAGUGGAUGCUAGGCCUUGUAAAUAAGGGGAAUGUAGAAAACCAGAUAAUUUGUUUUGUACCUUUUUCUAGAAUUACCUUGAACCUUAAAAUUAAAUCAUGUUUAUUUUCUAGAGAAUUACUUAUACUAAUUAAAACCAACAACAGAAAAGCGCAUUUCUGGAAAGAAAUUGAAGAGAUGAUACACUCUCUGAAUCUAGUGAAAAGGCAUUUAAUAAAAAUAUCUUUGAGAGUGGAUAAGAAUUUGAAGGAAUUUAUGUAAAAGCAAUCGAAUUUUUAACUUAUAGCAACCAAAUAAACCUAUAACUUCUUAUAGUCUUUAUAGGAUUCCGAAAGAAUAUUUAUUGAACUUUAUUAUGAGGACAACACGUUUUCCUGUAUUUCUAGAUACAGUUUCAAAAAUGAUCCUUUAUAGUCUUUUUGAUAUAUUUUAUAUUUAAUAGUUUGUUUUAGUCAUUUUGAAAAGACUGUUGCUGCUGCAAAUAGUUUUGUGAUUUAUGUUCUAAGCCUUGGUAAAUUUGUUUAUUUAAAAGCAUCUUGAUCUGUUCUGAGCAUCCACUUGGAGAAUUUCUUUUGUGGUCUAGGGUAACAAUAGACUAAAAAAAAUGUGGUCUGGAUUUUUUAAUCUAUGUCCUUAACUUUCUCCAUGAUCCAAGACCAGUUGUAGGAUGAGUCUAUAUAUAAAAAAUAAACUCUUAUUUAUAGAAGGAAUUAUUCUAAGGGAAAUAUGCAGGGUCAAACUGUAUUAUUUAUGUACUUCUAUAGUGUACGUCUGUUUAUGUUACACAAUCUGUUACUCCUUCAAAUUUCCUAUACUAGCAUGAUAAAUCAUCAGAGAACCUGUUUUGGGUGUAAAACUGUGAUACAAAAUAGUUAGUGAGUCUCUUGAUAAUAACCCAGAAUAUGCAUACAUUGUUGAACUCAACCCGAGUUUACUUUUAAUAUCACUCUAAUGGUUGAAGGAGAAAACUCAAACCUCGGGUUUGUUUUUCCUAUAACUGAUAGUAGUGACAAUGCAUUGUAUUUUAAUUUAUAACAAACAAAAACAAACCAAUAAAACCUAAAGCAUAUUUUUCCAUAAUUAUAUAGUUCUCUAUUUAUUGCCCUUGAAAAGUAUAUGUAGAAGCUAUUCUUUUAUUUGUUAUCUUCUUAAUUUGUUCCAAAGAUAAUACUGCCAUUCUGCAUUCCCUCUGGAAGGAAAAAAAAAAUGAACUUAAAACCAGCAGUGCUGCUAUCAGAUAAGUAGAUGUCAAUGUAUACUUACAAAGAAUACAACUAAAACAUGUAAUGUAUUUGUUAAUUCAGCCUUUUUCUAUGUAAUAUUUCCAAGUCAGAUUUUAUUACAUUCCUGGAGUUCUGUUUGAUAUACCAAGGGUAAUAAUGCUAAAAUGUUUUGCUUUGAUUACUGUGGGGGAAAAAAUUAAAUGUUCAAUUCUAUUAAAACAAACUUCUCAGAUAUAUUGGUUUCCCGUCCUUAAAAGGUUAUAAAGAAUUUAGAAUAUUGUGUCUUUAUUUUCUUAUGUUUAGCUCAAGGUAACAAAUUAUAUAUUCAGACAUUUCUUUCUUGGUUUAAUUAUUGGAAUUUGAUAGUAAUGUAUUAAAGUCUUUCCUUCUCAGUAUUUUGUAAUACUUGAAAAUUGUUACCUGUAUACACUGCCAGGAAGUUAAACAUUUUUGUUUUUAAUAUUUAUAAGCUAGAUGAGGGGCACAUUUGCAUCAACCAAAUCACCAUUUAGACCUGGCAAGAGAAGAAGAGGAAUGAAUGGAUAUGAUUGCUGUGAUUUCGUCUUACUUUCAAAGCCUAUUCCAUAAGGUCAUUGAUCAGUGUUUAAUAAUAAUAUGCUAUUUUCAUCAUGUCUAAUUCCAUUACAUCAGCCAUGCUGUGAUUUACAAUGGUUUUAAUUCUUAAAAGUACUUAGAAUGUGCGUGCGCGUGUGUGUGUGUAUGAGUGUGUGUGUUUCUGGAGCAAGUUUCCGUGUCUUUCAUUCGAUUGUCAAAGGGAUCUGGGGGACUUUCCCUCAAAUUUAAGAAUCUCCAUUUUAAGAAUGCACACACACACACACACACACACACACAUAUACGUGCAUGCAUUAAACAAUUGGAGACAGCUAAAGUUGGCAUUGGCUGCUCCUGUGAUACAUCAGUCCAGCGUGCUUAGGUGAAUGAAGUAACUUCCAUGUUUUAAGGUGUCAGGUUAGAAGUAGUUGAAUGAGGCAUGGAUUUUUAAGUUUUGGAGUAAGCUUUGGAAUAUUUAUUGUCUCACAUUUCUAAUAUUUGACUACUUAUUUUGUAUCAUGUUUAGAAUUAUUCUUCAUACUUCUUGAUCUCAAUUAAGAAAGUAACUAUCAGAGAUUAGUUGACUGAACCCAAAUUAACCGUUUUGUACUUUCACAAACCCUUCUUAGCAUUUUGUUUUCAGUGAUUUAAAAACUCAGUAAGACAAGGUCUUAAGAGGAAGAGGACUAGAAGUCAAAUAUUUAAGGAAAGAAGAAUUGUGGUCCCUGUAUUGUUGAUAUAUGACAUAGAUACAAAUAUAUGUUUGUAAAAACCUGCUAGAGAAAAAUCAAGGCAAAAAUUUCAGAUCUGCCCUCAACCUUAUUUAUAAAAGAAAAGCAAAUUCAUGAAAUGCUUUGGGCUUUACCCUAUCACACAAUUCUUAGGCAUACGAUUUAAAAUAUAAUUGAAAACCUGCUAAUGUCUGAUAAAAGAAGAUGGAGAAUUUUAAAGACAUAUUAUAGUUUGUAUUUUAAAGAACUAGAAAUGUGGAAUUUUAAAUAAUUUUGUUUCUAAAAGCUUGACUUUCUAUCUUGCCUUGGGCAAACUAUCUGUGCCUCAAUUUUUCUUUAAAUAUGUAAAGGAGGAUCUUUUUUAAAAAACUGCUUUGCACUCCUUAAUAAAGGGCAUAGAAUAAGCACAAAGUAUUACUUAAAUAAUCACAAAUAUUACAUACUCUUUGUUCUUGAAUGUGCAGACCUUUCUUUUCCAAUGACUGAUAAUAUUUCUUGUCAGUUUUUUAAUGCAGUCAAAAUUUGUAGAAUUAUCUGGCAUUUGAGUAUGCCAUCAUCUCUUCCAAAAUUGUAUUUUUACAGUUGCUUUUGUGUUCUGUAGAAUAUAGGGUCAAAAUGAAGGGUAUUUGGGGAGUAUAAAAAGCAUUUAGAAACCCUUUUUCCAAUACCUAACACAGAUCUAAAUAUUUAGAUUCUCUUUGCCUUUUCCUCCAUAGAACAAAGUACAGUGGUAUCAGGUUACUAAUACAUAUAUAUAAACUUUGCAUAGAUGGAAUUCAUUUAGAUCUCUCAAAUAUGGUCAUUUUUAGGGCUAUUUAAAUCAUUUGUGUUUUCUUAAUGCAGAAUGUUAUUUAAUAACAUGCAGUUAAAUUCCUUUUAAAAAGCAACAAAAAUAAAGGUGAUCAUUGUUAUCUUAGAGUUCUUAGGUUCUCUUUGAUAAGUAUCUUUUGUUACUGAUAUUUGAAACUUCUAAAAUUGUUGAGAAGGCAUUAUGAAGAAUUGAGGUUAAUUUUCUCAGAUGACGUUUUAAACAAAUUAUAUCUUAAAAUCAGAAACUUCCUUAAACAAAUUAUACUCUAGAGAUUAAAAUAGAGACUGAGGGGCAAAUUGCAGGACUCUGAUAAAGUUUAAUUUAUUUUGAAAAUUUAUCCAAAUUUUAAUUCUUGCAUGUCUAUUUAAUUUUAUAUUUCUGCCAUUAGGAAUUAGAGUUUAAUAAAUUGUCAUAUGCAUAUAUAUUUUUACAUGAAUUAUUCUAGUUUCUAAGUUCACUUUUCUGAGCUCAAGCAAAUUAAACUUGGAAAACAGGGUAAAAGUUGUCUUCAACUAUUGCCUCAAGCCGAACUUUGUCUUAUUGUCCUGAUAAAAGAGAUUUAGACUAAACUGCCCAGCACAGAUAUUUUUUAGGGCAUGGUACCCUACUAUUCCAAGUAAGGUGUUGAAAUACCAUGACAGAAAUAUAAAACCUGAACUUUGAGACAGUAUAUUCAAAGAACAAAAAGGUGUAGGCACACCUACAGCCUCUCUAUCUGAUAUUCUGAGAAUUUCUUCAAACUGCUUAAUGAUUUGUCAUCACUAACUUUAAAAAGUUUACAUCUGUCCUCACUGUAAUAGUCUGCUUUAAGAGGCAGUCAUGUCUCCUGUAGAUUAGAGGAUGUGCAAGGCAAGAUUUCUUUUGCAGGAGAUCGUGGUUCCUCUGGCUCUAGUAGUUAUUUUACAGAUAUAAAUAGAAAGUCAGGAAACUAAAGUGCCUAUUUAAAUUUCCAGCUGAGUGACCAGUUUCAAUAGGCACUAUAUUUGAAAUAACCUACAAAGCAAUUCUAACUAACGGUAUGUGUUUUAAAGCUAAGAGUGGCAUUUAAUCUGUGAAGAUCUGUCCUGUGUGUCUUGACUUUGUCACAGAUUUUUGUUAUUGCUCUUUUUUAUAUAUAUAUAUCUUAGUUAUAUGAAAUAAUCAUUCUUUCAGGGUGCAUAGGAUAUCUUAGCUUUACAGAUUUUUAAAGAUGAGGCUUUGAAAAGUCUUAAGUGGUUUUUGUAAAAGUCAUCUGCUUCAAUAAAUGACAGUUGUCAAAGAUCCACACAGCACAAGUAGGACAAUAUAAUAGAAGACUGAUGUAUGAUCGCUACACAAGCCAGCAAAAGGGAUAAUCUUUGUUUAUGAAACUUCAGAGGUACCCUGAAAAUCCUUUCCUAAAGCAAGUGUAUGUGAAUCUUUUUCCUUAUAUUGUGCAGAAUAAUCGUAUUGUGGCAUAUAUUUUGGGGAGGAGCAAAUUGAGUGGUAUAAUGACUACAGAGAAAGCUAUCUUGGAAUAUAGAAAGAAAAAGAAACAAAUUUUCUCCCUCCAAUUCACGAUUACAACUACUUGGGUCAAGAAGUUGCUAUAGUAUAUAUCAUACAUAAUUCUCUUUGUGCCAGGCCAAGUUUGGCAGACCAAUUGAGAUAGAAUUCUCAAAGAAUUUAAAGAUAUGAAUUGACUGUAAGUGACUUUUUUUCUUCCUUGCCUUUACUAUAUUAAAACCCUUACUAUUUCUGAAGUAAUCCAUCUGUUUUGCUUUAUGACCAGCUUUAAUUCUAGUUAGUGUAAGAAUAAUAACAACCCUAGAGAUUAAUAGGAAAGAACAUUGAAGUACGUUUUUCAAUAAAGACACCUAAAAGCAUCUACUCAUUUUAGGAUGGAACUGAAGUUCUAAGAAGUGUAUUGUUCUAAGUGCUAAUUAUGCUAAAACUACUUAAUUCUAAAAACUAUGUCUUAAAUAAGUUUUAAAAGUUUCACUUUUGGAGGAUAUUCCUAAAAAAACAUAUUGAACAUAGAUGGGAAAGUAUAAAUUAUAUCUGACAGUUAUUCAGUAUUAUUCAACACUUAAUUUCAUGUUUGUUAUUGUACCACAAGGAUAGUGUCUUUGUUUGAUUAUGUUGGAUUUUUUAAAAAUACACUUAAAACUGUAACCAGUGAUAACAUCCUUAGUAUUUUUAUUAUAGAUUAUAUUUUAUUUCAAUAAACUUUGAUAUUUAGACCAAACAGUC